ACUUAUGAUUGCACGCAAGUAAACAUUGAGAAGAUUUUAUGAGUUUGUUAAGUUACUAUGUGUUCUUGUGCGGAGGACAUCGAUUAAGAUUAAGAUAACAGAAUGGCGUCCGAGAUCGAGCAAUACAUAGCCAAGAAUUGUACGUGGGAUAAACUCCCCGUUAAUGUUAAACAGUUACUUGGAAAUUCUCAAAAAGAAUAUGAGAAAUACAUAGCAGAAUUCAGCGUUAAAACACAACAGAGGUACCGAGGCAAUCUAGUGCGACAAGUUCUUAAAAAUGAAAGGAGUUAUUAUGAGGAGGUGCUAUCCUACAGUCGGUCCCACCUGAUGAUGUACCCUUACCACCUGUCCGACGUGGUGGUUAAGGGACUUCGAGUUACCCCCUUCCAGUACUACAUCUCCAUCCUGACUGACAUCAUGACGGCAGAGAAGAGCUACGAUUCUUUGCCGAACUUCACUGCAGCUGAUUGUCUGAGAUUGUUAGGGAUUGGAAGGAACCAGUACAUAGAUCUCAUGAACCAGUGCCGAUCUAGUCGCAAACUCUUUCGCAAGAAGAAUGUGCGGGACUUGCUUCCAGCUCUUCCCUGUGAAAUAACCAUAGAACCAUGGUGGAUCGUUUGUGUUGGGUGUGUCACUGAAGAAGACAUUAAGAGCUUAGUAAAGAAAAGAGAGAAAGUAGUUAUAGACUCUCUCAUUGAUGUUGGCUCCCAAAAAGCAGGCGACCUAGAUAAGGAAUGCGUCCACAGCUUAUACACGAAAGGGUUGGUCUACUUGGAAGUGCCAAUCAGCCCCAGUGACUGUAUAUCUGUCCCUCCACUAGAAGGAUUUGUCAUGAACAGAGUCCUUGGGGAUUACCUUGAGAGUCUCAUGUACAAGAUAUUUGUGUCCAUUGAUGAACAUACUCCUGUAUCUGAGCUAGCGACAGUGUUGGAGAUAGAUCUUGCACUAGUGAAGGUUGCUGUGUCACUUUUCUGUCGCCUGGGGUUCGCAAACAAGAAAAAUGUUGAGAUGUCAACUUAUGAAAUGCAUCCAUCUUGGGAAUCGGCGAUGGCACCAACCUCGAAAAAGUUACCAACAACAGCAGAUGACUUGCUCCUAUUAGAGCUAGAGUCAGCAUUAGCCGAGAGCACCCCGGGAGAGGGAGAAGAUAUAGGGGCAUGCACUCCACGAACCCCAACAGAUGACCCUCUGGCUGCUGGGUUUGCUUUCAGUGGACAGGGCAAGAGGAUAGCCUUUCUCUAUGAUUCAACCCUCACUGCUUUUCUGAUGAUGGGGAAUUUGUCUCAGGGCCUAAAAAGUCAUGCAGUCACAAUGUUUGAAGUAGGCAAGAUGUUGGAUGAAGGACUGGAUUCACUCCUUACUGAACUGGACAAGAUACAGAGGUCAGACUCGGAAGGUGAAGCGCAGCGCUACUUUGAGCACGCCCUCACGUUGCGCACAUCGGUGACCUUCCUCCGGCACAACCGGGACCUCUGUUCCCCUGGUCAGGAGGUCCCCCAUGCCUUAGACCUGAUCCGAUGGGAGAGCCUGAGUAACCUUGACCCAGCCACCACAGCUCGACUUCUGAAGAAAAACUACCAGUUUCUUGUAUCUAUGGCCCCUCUAAGCUAUGAGAUUUCUGCUAUAGAAGGUGAAACUCCUCCCCAUUUUGGUCCCGCCAUUCCUGAGGUUAACUCGAUCUGGUUCAAACUGUUCCUCUAUCAUAUCACAUGCUCCGGUCCUCCGUCAUUGUUAUUGCCUAAAGGUGAAAGACUACGCCGUCUGCCGGAGUGCCUGGUGGGUUACGAGAAGGUGCUGGUCACGCCCUGGGGCCAUGAUCCCACUGUGGUGCCCCUUGCCGCCCUUUUCACCACAGUCAACGAGGCCCUGAUGCAUUCCCCUGUGUUCAUCCAGGCUUAUGGAUGGUAUCAUGACGUUUGUAUUCAGUAUAUUCCAUUUCCUCUGGAAAAUUCAAAAAAAGUGAACCAUCCUGCUGUACAAGCUUUAGCCAAACAGCUGGACCUGCAGCACACCUUUGGGUUUAUUAAACUUGUGGCUUUUCCUGCUGCGGACACUCCUGGUGUCAAUGCUAUGACUGCAGCAGAGAUCACGACAGGGAUGCCCCAAGGGUCAACCAGCACACCGGGUCGGGCUUUCAUCAACAGCAGCUCAGCGGCGUUAAGUGAGACCCCACACAAUGAUGUGACAGCACCUGAUGCCGCCAAGGACUUCACGGGCAACCUCAUGGACACUGCAGUGCCUGGUGAAGAUUUUGACCCGGCUGGGACUUCCAUUCCUCAAGUCAUUAGUUUUGAUGAUGUGGCUAGCAUUGUGCAUGAGAGGAGCGAAGGGCAGGAUCCUCGGAGAGAGGGCAUGACACUGCCUCUAGGUGGUCCAACUGUUGAUCAGUGGCAUCUGCUGGAGUGCCACUUUGGCUUGCCCCUGUUUGAUGCUUCUCUCAACCAGCAAGUCUCCCAGAAGAUCAUCUCGCAUCAGCUUUUUAGCUCAGAGAGCAUUGAAAAAUUCAGUGAAUCCAACACCAGAUUAAUUCACAGCUUAAGGAACUUUAUCAGUGGAAAUAAGGCACAAGGUGUAUGUACAGAGGUGCAGCAGAGGGGAGGCUGCCGUGAAGGUGCUUCCAACUUGCCCCUACCCACCACACCCCUGCUCUUCUGUGGAGGUUCUUUAGCCCCUUGGGAGGGUUCCUGAUAAUAAAAAUGCAAGAGGAAUUAGCACAUUUGGAGAUAAGUAUGCAUGAGUUUGUGGAAAGAAUGUGUGAUUGGAAGCAGGUUUGCCUGGAUAACAUGAAUGUAUUAAUGAAGAGGCAUAUUAUCUAACUAAGGCCAAGUGUGAUGUGUGGAGAUUGGAUUUAAAUGAGUCAUUUGACAGUACGAGUAAUGAAAUAACCGUGACUACAAGGUAGAAAUCUAUAUUUUUCUCCCCUUGGGCUAUAUAUACUGUAGUGCAUCCUGUAAACCUGCAACUUAGAUUCUAAUAAAGGUGUAAGAGUUCUUAGAUAACAGAUGUGAAUCUGCAAGACACUGUAAAUUAUGGCAACAAGUCAUAUCAAGAGUACUGUGCAAACUUUUGGAUAAAAGCUUAAUGUGUAUGCAUUAUUAUCAGUGUUAUUAUUUAAAGUGAUAUUUAGGUGUGUGAUCAUAUGUACAUUCCAACAGGCUUUUGUUUAUAUCUGUUUACACAUGUACAGCAUACAUGUAUACAAUGCUAUAGAGUUAUAUUCAUCAUAUAUGGCAAAACAUAAAAAAAAAAAAAAAAAAAAGUUACAGAAUGCA